UCCAUCAUCAUCAGCCGGCCAGCCAAUCCGGCAUCCAAUCCACGUCGCGUCUGCAGCUGCCUGCGCUGCGCUGCUCUGACACCGCCGCCGCCGAUCCCGGUGCGACCAUGGGGGACUGCCUCCGCCGCCGCCUCUGCCUCGGCGGCACGCGUACGUCACUCCCCUCGCUCCCCUACCAGCCCCCUCAGCUGCUUCCAACUCGCAGCUCGGAAGCUUUUUCAGGCGACCUGCCGUUCGUGAGGAGGUUCACGCCGAGGGAGAUCGAGGCGGCCACCAAGGGCUUCACCGCGGUGCUCGAGGCCGGAGGCGGGCCCCACGGCGGCGCGGCGUACCGGGCGCGCUUCGCCGGGGGCCUCGUCGCCACCGUCAGGCGCGCCGCCGGCUCCCGGGACGACCACCGGCAGCAGGGGGGCGCCGGGAACGGGAAGGCCGCCUUCUACCUCGAGCUGCAGCUGCUGGCGCGCCUCAACCACCGCCACGUCGUCCGCCUCCGCGGCUUCGCCGAGGGCCACCGCGCCAGGUUCCUGGUCUUCGAUCACAUGGAGAACAGGAGCCUCAAGGAGUGCCUUCAUGAUCCUCUCAGGACGCCGCUGGACUGGCGGACCAGGCUGCAGGUCGCCAUUGACAUCGCAGCGGCACUGUUUCUGAACACGGGAUGGUUUCAGGAGUACCUCUACUACUUCUGCGACCCCCUGGUGUUCCAUGUCUCCGUCGACUCCGGCAACGUGCUCAUGGACGCCAACUUCGUCGCCAAGGUGAGAGUGGGACAUGCUCAUCUGCACAAUGCCAUUCUGACAUCUCGGCCACGGUGCACACUGCACAGUCUGAAUCCCUUCCAUUCUCAGCUAUCAAACGUCGGUGUGGUCAGCGACGACUUGAAGCGCGCGACAACCGAAUCCUUCCAAGACCAGGUUGAGCAGAGGCGCGCGGGGCUGGUGUUCCAGUACGGCGUGCUGGUGCUGGAGCUGGUGACGGGGCAGUCGCCCGGCGGCGACGGCGAGCUCGUGCGGUGGGUGCAGGAGCCCGGGUUCGCCGGCUCCAUGCACAGGAUGGUGGACGCCGACCUCGGCGGCGUCUACGACGCCAGGGAGCUCCGGGACCUCGUCAACGUCGCGAGGCUGUGCACCAGGCACGAGCCCGGCGGCGGCGGCGGCGGCGGCGAUGGCGCCGCCGUCUCCAUACCGCGGAUCGUCCGGUACUUGCAGGGCAAGGUCGAGCGGCUUGGGGGCGAGGCAAGGUCAAGGUGUGGAUGAUUCGUCGUCCAGGGGGUUCAUAUCUGAUUACUGCUACAGCUACACCCUCUCUGCGCAUCCUCUUUUUUUCUUCUUCUUUCUUAGCGUUUCCUUGUAGAAAAGUGCGAGGUUUUUGUCCGAUGGUAUUCUGGAAUUUGUUCGUGUCAAUAGAAGCAACCAAGGUGACAGGUUUCGUGAAUGUUGAAAUGGACCCUCCUACACGUUCUCGUAAAAAUCAAAGUUGAAAUGGAACGAACAGGAUUCGGGAGAACAAAAGCUCCAGUUUUUAGUA